CGCCGCUGUGUGGCAGCAGUGCUCACUUAAUCUGUACCGGAAGUAGAGGAAGAACCUCCUGAUGUAGGAGCUGGUGUCCAUUUUAUUUAAAGCCGAUAGCUUGCUACGUUGUUUUGACCUGUCGCGUUUGUCAGCUACAUAAUAACAUUACCAAACUGGGUCUUCGGAGAUGAGCAGUUCAGAGGAAGUGUCAUGGAUCUCCUGGUUCUGUGGAUUAAGGGGGAAUGAAUUUUUCUGCGAGGUGGACGAAGACUAUAUCCAGGACAAAUUCAACUUGACGGGCCUCAACGAGCAAGUCCCCCACUACCGUCAAGCUCUAGACAUGAUUUUGGACCUCGAGCCAGAUGAGGAGCUGGAAGACAAUCCCAACCAGAGCGACCUGAUCGAGCAGGCGGCUGAGAUGCUGUACGGCCUUAUCCACGCGCGUUACAUCCUCACCAAUCGAGGCAUUGCGCAAAUGUUGGAGAAGUAUCAGCAGGGUGACUUUGGCUACUGUCCUCGUGUCUAUUGUGAGAAUCAGACUAUGCUUCCCAUUGGCCUGUCAGACAUCCCAGGAGAGGCCAUGGUGAAACUCUACUGCCCUAAAUGCAUGGACGUCUACACACCCAAAUCAUCCAGGCACCACCACACGGACGGAGCCUACUUUGGCACCGGCUUCCCCCACAUGUUGUUCAUGGUUCACCCCGAGAACAGGCCCAAGAGACCCGCCAAUCAGUUUGUCCCGAGGCUUUACGGGUUCAAGAUCCACCCAAUGGCCUACCAGCUGCAGCUGCAAGCAGCCUCCAGCUUCAAGAGUCCCGUCAAAGCCAUCCGCUAGCGGACGAGACAACAAAGGUCAUUGACGACGACAAAAGAAAAAAAAAAAAAGAGGCGAGGGGUCACCUGUGUUUAGCGAAAUGUUCCACAAAUGACCCCUCCCCGCUCUGAAGACUGUAUUAUUUGGGGGUUUAGAUUAAAGCAAAUGAAAUCAACAUGUAAUAAUUAAGAUUCUGAGUGUGAGCGAUACGUGAAUGCACAGCCAUAGUCUUCAUCACAUAAAUGUGUAUCCAGUCCACUCACAAAACGUUGGGGAUAUUCUUACGCCUUCGGCUCAAUUUAAAAUGCACCACAACCUUUUACAGGUGAACUUUUUGAACGCACAUGUCCGACUGUUCAACGCUUCACUUCUUUUUGCAGUUGACCUGUAAAAGGUCAUGUGUGCAUUUGAGUUUUUUUCCACACAAAAGCUUCAUAUCCUUAACUUUUUGUGAGUCCUUUUUAGUAAUUUGGUAUCUUAUGUACUCUCUUUACCAAACUAAAGUGCCAAAAAGAAAGUCUGUUUCCAAAUAAUUAAAAAAAAAAAAGUUGGCACAGUUUGGUAAAGAUUCACCGGUGGUCCGCUCCUCAGUAAACCCCACAAACAUGGCUGCCAGCAGUUUAAAGAUAGUAUAGUAACUGAUUUAUUUUUUGCCGUAUUACUGGUUCAUGCAGAUGUUUGCUGUUGUGCUGUCAAAAUGAAAAAUCUGCUUAAAGGUAUAGAGAAAUAAUUAGUGUGCUUCUACUGUUAGGGAAGACAUGGUAAAAACAAACAAAGCUAGCUGUCAGUAAAUGUUUUCCCCCAAGAUUCCGCAAUCCUACCAUCCCUCAUCUCAUAAUCGACAUUUAAUUUGAGUUUUUUAUUUUAUAUAAAUGAAGCCACCAUUUAGCAACAGGAAAUGGCUUGCACAAACAGAUGCUUUUGUCUUGGGUGCUGUAUUUCAAUUUUAUUUGCUCAACAAAUAGUGUAGAGUGAUUUUUAAAUCGAUUCGACUAAACAAUCUCGGAUGCGCUACCUCUUUUCCACCAGUUUCCGGUCUUUAUCUGAGGCGAAGCUUUUUCAAUAAACCAUCACAAUAAAAAAACAAAGCUGUUUUCUUCCAAAAAGAAAAUAGUAAAGACACGGCAGCACUGCACUGAUUUCACUGCUGCAACUUGAUUUGUUUUUUUAGGGUUAGCAAUAGGCAAGACCACCAGCUGCCAUUUUAGUUUCCCCCCCCCCCCCCCCCUCCCAAACAUUGAGGCAAACGCUUCUUAUUUCCCUUCCUCCUUUUCAGUUGGAAUUUUUCAAGUUUCACUUCACACAAAUGAAUCCCUAUUUGUGUCCACACUUGAACUCCUGUUUGUUGUUUUUCCUCUGUGCAACUUGAGAAGGGUGAACCAGAUUCUGAAAUCUCAAUAAAAGUUGAUUCUUCUUUUCAUA